CCUCUCGCAUGGAUUACGGAGUUGUCGCCUGCAAUAAAGGGCUUUCCCUGUUACACAGUAACAAGAGUCCCGAUGCUCUCUCACUUGUCAACUAAAUUCACACACAUUAGGUCAUUCGCAUGACGGGAGCGGUGAGAGACUGAUCUCUUGCCACCAUAUAGUGAAAAGCAGGAAGUGGAAGCGUUGAAAGAACACGUGUGCAACAACGAGGUCUCCAGCCGCCUGAUAUGCCUGCAUUUACACUGUUGCUAUGGAACAUAUAACCGCCAGCGAGGAACCGUCCACUGCGGCGAUGUACCGCGUGGAACGACCUGUAUUUAGUGAAAGUUAUCUUGACUCUGGAUUUCUACAUAGGAAGAAGAGAACACCCAAGUCGUGUAUUCUGAGGGUUAAAGAGGAACUCCGCUGUUCAUCUGAGAAAGCCAAAUCUGUAGCACUUAGUUUUCUGCCUAUAAUAACAUGGCUGCCAUCAUAUCGAGUGAAAGAAUACAUGUUCGGGGACAUUGUUUCUGGUAUCAGCACGGGUGUGAUGCAGCUACCUCAAGGUCUUGCUUAUGCGAUGUUAGCAGCCGUGCCUCCUGUUUUUGGGUUAUAUUCAUCUUUUUAUCCUGUCUUGUUGUACACAUUCUUCGGUACCUCCAAACAUAUUUCAAUAGGUACAUUUGCAGUAAUAAGUCUGAUGAUUGGCGGUGUCGCUGUAAGGGAAGCCCCGGACUCCAUGUUUGCAGUCAAUGGGACCAAUGCAUCCAAGAUGGUGGAUUUUGAGGCCCGUGAUGCCAGGAGGGUAGAAGUGGUUGUAGCUCUAACAACACUAGUAGGACUCAUUCAGUUUGCUCUGGGUCUGCUGAGAUUUGGCUUUCUGGCCAUCUAUCUCACCGAGCCUCUGGUGCGAGGUUUCACCACAGCCGCUGCGGUGCACGUCUCGGUUUCACAGCUCAAGUACCUGUUGGGGGUGCCCACUCCGAGGUUCAACGGGCCUCUGUCUGUCGUCUAUAGCAUUGAGGCUGUCAUCAUGAACAUCAAAAGCACUAAUAUUGUCACUCUUAUUGUUGGACUGGUGUGCACCGUGUUCCUGUAUGGGGUGAAAGACUUCAACGAACGCUUUAAGAAGAAACUACCCAUCCCAAUCCCUGGAGAGAUCAUAGUGGUAAUCGUCUCCACUGGGAUCUCAUAUGGGAUGGUUAUGUCUGAAAACUAUGGUGUAGAUGUUGUGGGUCAAAUUCCCACCGGGUUGCUGCCACCCAAGGUUCCAGACUUCUCUGUCUUUCCCAACCUCCUCACAGAUGCCAUACCAAUAGCGGUUGUUGGCUUUUCAAUCGCUAUCUCACUAGCCAAAACCUUUGCUCUCAAGCACGGAUACAGUGUGGAUGGAAACCAGGAGCUCAUCGCACUGGGCAUCUGUAACUUUGUCAGUUCAUUCUUCCACACGUUCGUUGUCACCGCGUCAAUGUCUCGCAGCCUGGUACAGGAAAGCACAGGAGGACAUACCGAAAUUGCAGGACUCUUGGCGUCUUUACUUGUGCUUUUGGUUGUGGUGGCCAUCGGAUUUGUCUUUCAGCCUUUACCUACAACAGUGUUGGCUGCUAUAAUCAUGGUCAAUCUGCUGGGGAUGUUCAAACAAAUGAAAGACAUUCCCGCAUUGUGGAGAACCAGCAAGAUUGAACUGGCAAUAUGGGUGGUGUCCUUUAUCGCCUCUGUGCUUCUGGGUCUGGAUUAUGGACUGUUGGUGGCCAUGGGCUUUGCCAUAUUGACAGUUGUUUUCAGAACACAGCGCCCCAAAAAUGCUGUUCUUGGACAAAUCUCAGAUACAGGACUAUAUUUUGAUGUGGAUGAGUACGAAGAGGCUGAGGAAUGCUCAGGGAUUAAGAUUUUUCAGUCUAAUACCUCCAUCUACUUUGCAAACAGUGAUUUGUAUGUAAGCGCCCUCAAAGCAAAGACUGGAGUCAAUCCAGCGAAACUUCUCGAGGCAAGGCAAUCGCAGCUUAAAUACGCUCACAGAGACCCCGAGGGGAAGAAAUCGAAGCAGGGUUUACCAUCAAAGAAAAAUGCUGUUGUUUUAUUGGAUAUGGAGUUGGGUGUCACUCGUGAGGUGGUGGCCGGGGCAGGCAAACAGAUGGAUGUGUAUACUAAUGGAAGGGCCAAUGAAACCCAGACAGAGUCCGAAUCUGAGGAUGAAUUUUUCCUGCAGCGUCUGACCCCCAUUCACUCCAUCAUACUGGACUUAACCCCGGUUAACUUCAUUGAUUCUGUAGGGGCCAAAGCUAUUAAAUCUGUGAUUAAGGAGUAUGCAACAAUCAAUGUGACAAUCGUCCUUGCUGGAUGUAGCAGGACCCUUCUAUCUGAUCUCAGGACACUACAGUUUUUUACUGAGCCAGUGACCCCUGACCUCAUGUUCCCCACUAUUCAUGAUGCGGUGUUGCACUGUCAAAACAGGAAAGACCCGCCCACUUGUCCUAACAGCCAAUGACUGCACACAGCGGGACUGAUGAUUGCACUGCGUGCCGUGUUGAAAUGAGAUGCUGAUGAAGUGCUGUUACUCCUGAGUCACUUUACCUUUUGGUUGUCAUGGUAACAAAAGGAGACUGAGAUGUUCCCAGUGUAAGGAACAGGCCAAAACAUUUUAGAUGAACACAUUUUUUAUGAUCUGAAUACACCAGCACAUGAUGGGCUUAACAUCAUUGUCCCUGUUUAAUUAUUACAUGAGCUGUCAUCUUAAGCUCUGCUUUAAAUUGUUACUGACGACUAGAGAAGUAUGUUUUUUUCUUCUUUUAAGUGCAAUUAGGGUAGAUGGACAUUUUUUGCAUUGGUCUGGGGCUUUUAUUGACAUUCCAUGAAGCUUAUUUUUAUGAGUUUUACAAUCACGUUGUUACCAGACUAACUGGCUAUAGUAUUUAGCAAAUAAGCAGUUUAAUAUGUUACACAACAUCAAAAUGCUGAACACAGAAUUGCACUGUGGUGAUGACACUGCAUUUCCUUUUAUAUUUUUGACAGAUGUUUCUGACAAGACACCAUGCAAAAUCUAGAUUUUGUUGUUUAUCGUUAAGUGUUAAGAAUUCUUAAUGUAUUUUUUCUUCCAUUCAAACUUUGUUUCUUCUUGCAAAAAUA